CACCAUUAAUUAAGAGCUUGUUUAUGUAGGAGGAGUGUGAAAAUGAAUCAGCCUCACUUUAAAGCUGCUGGACACAGAUUUCCAGUAAUCUCCGUUACGGAUGUUGAAGUGCCACAACUGAUGACUCACUGUAGUCUCUCUCUGUGUAUCGCCGUGAUAGUAAACGCACUCCCUUCUAUCUCCGUGAUCCACAGCGGUCCGGCGUUUUUGCAAAAUAGUGCUCUGCUGUGAAUGGCGCCCUCGGAAUACGCUUGCGCUGUAGGCAUUACCAACCUGCUUUCCUGCCAAAUACAUGCCCUAGAUGCAGAGUCGCUGCGCGGCGUCGGAUGCUGUGUGCAGUAUCCUGAUCCUGAGCUCUGACCCUAAAAAUCUCAAGGCCCCUCUUUACCCUGCUACUGGCACUGCUUCACCCACAGAAGAUAGAUGAGCCUGGGAGGUGGUGCUUGAGCGAAGUCCCACUGGGAGAAGUAAUGCUCUGUUUGUAGACUUUCCCCUAUUCCAAUCAUGAGCCACCAGGAGGCGCUGCAUGGCCAGGAGUUGAGAGAGGCGGCUGAGGCAGACUUGGAGCGCCGGGGCCCCGAGGGCCAACAGCCCCCUUCAUCCCACCGUAGACACCAUGACAAUGGAGAUGGCAGCUCCCGCUCCGGUCGACCCCGCAACCACCACAGCAACCAUGGUACAGAGAAUAAUCACUACCAGUCCCACCAGCAGGGGGCCCCACGCUAUCGCAGGUAUGAGGGAUCUAACGGAGGGACGAACCGCACGCGUGCUGCAAGGAGAACUGCAGAAGAAGGGGACACUCAGCAGCAACCCGUUCAGCAGCCCAUACCGAGACCUGCAGUGACACGCUACCGCAGACAGGGAGACAACGAGGCCCGAAUCCGGGCUCAGCAACAGAGACAGCGACAGCGGGAGAGGCAGCAGAGAGAUGCAGAGAGAGCCGAACAGCACAGACUGGAACAUCAACAGCAUCUUGGCUCACCUACACAAGCCAUGCCGCCUAGUAGAGAGCCGGAGGAAGCUGAGGAAGAUGAGGGCGACGGCGGCAGUGCUUUGGCCCGAUCUGCCAGCACCGAGAGUGGCUUCCACAACCACACAGACCGGGCAGAGGGGGAUGCAGUCAUGGUCACGGAAGCAGAGCCUGAAGAUGAAAGCACAUACGGUAUCCCGCUUCGCCCGGAAUCAGAGGAGUACACAGAGAGCGCAGAGUCAGAGCAACAGCACGGUGGUCCAGCUUACCUCCAACCCCAAUACCCACCUCAGCCCCCGCCGCUACCUCGAGAGCCCCUGCCCAAUGCUGAGAGGCCCCAUGAUGCAGAGACGCUAAACCCCAACUACUCUAAUUAUGUUUACACUCAACCUAUAUACCGCAGUCCCACCGGAGCAGAAGAGGGCCGUGAAGGUGGAGCAACAGAAGAUGAGGCGUACUCUGAGCCCUAUGCUGAAUACACCCUUCAGGAGCACGUUUAUGAGGAAAUCACGGACGCACCCUCAACCAAAGCUGAGGGACAGACUCCGCAACAAUGCAGGGCAGAGUUCAGGCUCUUCGAUCGUGACCUCUACCAGCAACAGGAGGCUGUUGGGUCCAGGCUCCACCACUACGAUGAGCGAUCCGACGGAGAGUCGGACAGUCCUGAAAAGGAAGCAGAGUUUGCCCCAUACCCCCGUGCUGACAGCUGCGAACAGGAUGAGGACAUUGACCAGAUCGUGGCAGAGGUGAAGGAGAGUCUGAGCUCACAGAGCCUGGAACGUGUCGCCAUGGGCCUAGACAAGGACGGGAACGAAAAAGAAGAGUGGCCUGAGUCAGAGUCCCAUGGUCAGAUGGAUGAAAUCAAACCCAAUGAGCCAAUGGGCGACGAACAGCCCCCUAGAAGUCCCUCAGAAGAGCCAACUCCAAUUAUAAAGAGCAGUCGUGAGAAGAGAGAUGCAAUCUCACUAGCUAUUAAGGACAUCAAAGAGGCAAUUGAGGAGGUGAAGACAAGGACGGUCCGUUCGCCCUACACGCCAGACGAGCCCAAAGAACCCAUCUGGGUAAUGAGGCAGGACCUGAGUCCUACAGCAGAAUCUGACCUGCAGCCGUCUCUGGGGGCUGAUUCACCAGGCUCAGGCUCCUCCUCCCCACAGGGGGCGGAGUCUUCCAGCCGUCACCUGCCAUCACACGAGGGGAGUGACAGCUUUGAGUCUCCGUCUCCAGCCAGUAAAGAGUCGAGGAGAAGUCUUGCUUCAUUCCCAACAUAUGUAGAAGUACCAGGCCCAUGUGACCCAGAGGACCUCAUUGACGGUAUUAUCUUUGCUGCUAACUACCUGGGAUCCACUCAGCUGCUCUCAGACAAGACACCCUCCAAAAAUGUGCGCAUGAUGCAGGCUCAGGAGGCUGUGAGUCGCAUUAAGACGGCCCAGAAAUUAGCCAAAAACAGGAAGAAGGCUCCAGAAGGUGAAGCUCAGCCCAUGACGGAGGUGGACCUCUUCAUCUCCACUCAGAGAAUAAAAGUGCUCAAUGCAGACUCGCAGGACACUAUGAUGGACCACCCUUUAAGGACCAUCUCCUACAUCGCUGAUAUUGGGAACAUUGUGGUGUUGAUGGCCAGAAGGAGAAUGCCUCGCUCCGACUCUCAGGAGAACAUGGAAGCCUCUGACCCAGCUCAGGACGAGAAGCGCCAAUACAAGAUGAUCUGUCACGUGUUUGAGUCUGAAGAUGCUCAGCUCAUAGCUCAGUCCAUUGGCCAGGCUUUCAGUGUGGCGUACCAAGAGUUCCUGCGUGCCAAUGGCAUCAACCCAGAGGAUCUGAGCCAGAAAGAGUACAGCGACCUCCUUAACACACAGGACAUGUACAACGAUGACCUCAUUCACUUCUCCAAGUCUGAGAACUGCAAAGAUGUUUAUAUAGAGAAGCAGAAGGGAGAGAUUCUUGGGUUGGUGAUCGUGGAGUCGGGCUGGGGCUCUAUCCUGCCCACGGUUAUUAUAGCAAACAUGAUGCACGGCGGCCCGGCCGAGAAGUCCGGCAGACUGAACAUCGGGGACCAGAUCAUGUCUAUCAAUGGCACCAGCCUGGUGGGGUUACCCCUCUCCACCUGCCAGAGUAUUAUCAAGGGACUGAAGAACCAAUCCAGAAUAAAACUUAACAUUGUGAGAUGCCCACCCGUGACCACUGUCCUCAUCAGAAGACCAGACCUGAGAUAUCAGCUGGGAUUUAGUGUGCAGAAUGGCAUUAUCUGCAGUCUGAUGAGAGGAGGGAUAGCAGAGCGCGGCGGGGUGCGUGUCGGCCACCGGAUCAUUGAGAUCAAUAGUCAGAGUGUUGUGGCCACCCCUCAUGAGAAGAUUGUACACAUUCUGUCAAAUGCAGUUGGUGAGAUUCACAUGAAGACUAUGCCGGCUGCCAUGUACCGCUUGUUAACAGCCCAGGAGCAACCAGUUUACAUCUAAAGCUACAUACGACGCUUUCUCAAGCCUCCUGCCCUGCUGUCACCAGAUAUAACCUUAAUCUUGAUGUGAAACUGUCAGCCCUGUGGACUGGUGACUGUGUGACUGAAUCGACUGAAGCUCUGCUCGCCAUGGCUUUCUUUUCACUGCCUCUCUGAGCUCUUCAUCUCUUCUGUUCUGUUGCUGUGAGUGAGUAUGCUGUGCUGUGUAAUUCUUCUCUCUGUGUGCACUCAGCCCGCCUCGUGAAAGGAAGCAGAGAGAGAGAGAGAGAGAAAUAUGUUGAAGAGCCCCAUCGCAGAAAAUAGCUAUUGAAAUGAUAUACCUGGGGAACAAAAACUACACCUGUGUGAUCGCUAGGUGUACAAAAUGAAAAAGGAAUUUGCCUUACCAUACUCUUAUAAUGUUAUUUAUUCAAGCUUGGCAAGCAUCAAGUGUUUUAGAGUCAACUUGAAUUUUAAGGACAGCUGUUAGUCUGAGGGAUAUGGUGGAAAAUGGCAAAAUGUUGAAAAACUCAAUCCAGAACUUAUUUAAUUGGCCAAACCCCACAGGAUGUUGAAUUGGAAUUUUAAAUUGGAAUGAAAGGGAAGUUAAUUUACUUAACUGCAAUUCAAAGACAUCCAUUAGUUAUUAUUACAAUGAAUGAUUACGUCAUUCAUUUUGACUAAUUAGGUCUAUAUAUUUCCUGAUAUGUUAAAUGCAAUGCUAUCUCACGGCCAAUUCCUACGAAUUUUACGAGGUGGCUUAUUCGUACGAAUUUGUACGACCUCACUCGUACGAUUUUAUAUGAUUUGUCUAAACCCCAGUGAGGGUUAGGUUUAG